AGCAGGAGUCUCGGGGACAGCUGGAGUAGUGGCAACAGUUGGGACGGGAGUCUCACCACCCUUGGUCUUACGAUGACGGCACUUCUUCUUGGUUGGGUAAGCUGGAGUAGAUGCUUCGGGAACUGGAGUCUCGGGAACAGAUGGGGUAGUGGCAACGGUUGGGACUGGAGUCUCGGCAGUGGGGUAAGCUGGAGUAGUGGCAACAGUUGGAACCGGUGUCUCGGGAGUGGGGUAAGCAGGAGUGCUGGCAGCAGUUGGGACUGGAGUUUCACCGCCACCAUAUGGAACUGGUACAACUGGAGUAGUGGCAACAGUUGGAACCGGUGUCUCGGGAACGGGAUAAGCAGGAGUAGAUGCAACAGUUGGGACGGGAGUCUCAACAGGUGAUUCACAUGGUGUAGAGACAACAGUUGGGACGGGAGUCUCGGGAACGGGGUAGGCUGGAGUAGGGGUGGGAGUAGCCUUGGGUGCUGGAGUCUCGACAGGUUUGCUGUGAUGAGCAGUAGUAUGCUUGGAAGCACUAGAAUUAUGGUGAUAGCCGUGCUUAGUAGUAGUAGUAGUGCUGGUAGAAGACUGGGGCUUAGGAACGGGAGUUUCAACUAUCGAUGUGGUAGUCGAUGGAACAGCGGGAGUGGUGCUGGGAGAGUUGUUACCAUAGCCAAAAGGAGCGGCAGUAACAGCGGCAGCGAGUGCAAGGACGAAAAUGGAAACCUUCAUAUUCUAUAAAGUAUGUAAUACACAAAUU